AUGCCUAUCAAACUUCUACUCGCUCGCCAAAUAUUUGACGCAACAGGCAUCCCAACCGUUGAAGUGGACAUGGUGACAGAACUUGGAUUAUUUCGCAUUGCUGUUCCAUCAACUGAUGUUAAGAAAGGAGCUGAAGCCUUACAACUUCGAGAUAAUAAUCCGGCGGAGUACCACGGUAUGGGUGUUCUGAUGGCUGUCAAAAAUAUAAACACCAUUAUAGCACCAGAGCUCAUUAAGCAGAAUCUUGAGGUUACUAUGCAAAAAGAAAUAGAUCAUUUUAUGAUCGCUCUCGAUGGCACUGAUACCCGGUCUAGGCUUGGUGCCAACGCAAUUAUGGCUGUGUCAUUAGUAGUCGCCAAAGCUGGAGCCGCUAAGAAAGGAGUGCCCCUCUACAGACAUAUCUCUGAUAUGGGAGGAGUUACCACUAUCAUAUUGCCGGUACCUCAUUUUACAAUUUUAACAGGAGGAAUAUUGUCCUCUAAUACACUACCAUUCCAAGAAUAUAUAGUAAUGCCUACUGGAGCCUCAUCCUUCGCGGAGGCGAUGCGUAUUGGCACGGAAAUAUAUACGUACGUCAAGAACAUUAUAUUGAGCAAGUACAAAGUCGAUACUGCGUAUGUAGCUGAUAAUGGCGGGUUUUCAAUUCCAUUACAGAGCCAUAGAGAUGCCCUUCUUUUCCUUUCUGACGCAAUCAAGCAAUGUGGAUAUGCAACUAAGGUUGAAAUAGCUCUCAAUGCCGCCGCUUCGGAUCUAUAUAAAGACGGAGCAUAUGACUUAGAUUUUAAAAAUCCUAAUUCAAAUCCCCAAGAAUAUAUGUCGUCUGACAAACUCGCCGAGAUAUAUUUGGAUAACGUAAAAGAAUUUUCGGUAUGUUCCGUUGAAGACGCUUUUGAUUUGGACGACUGGGCGGCGUGGUCUCUGCUGACAACUCGGACUACUGCUCAACUCUUUGGCAACGAUCUAACGCAGACUAACCUAAGACGAGUUGGUCUCGCUAUCGAGAAAAAGGCUGGCAAUACGGUUGGUUUGCGAAUAAAUCAAGCAGGCACUCUGAGUGAAGUUAUUGAAUGUUUCAAGAUUUUAAAAUCUGCUGGAUUUGGCGUGGUUAUCUGCGACAGAUGGGGAGAUACUAAUGAUUUGUUCCUGGCUGAUCUGGUAGUCGGGUUGUCUGCGGGCCAGAUCAAGUGCGGAGCGCCAGUGCGCGGCGAACGCGUUGACAAGUACAACCAAGUUCUCAGAAUCGAAGAAGAGUUAGGUGCGCUGUCUAAAUUUGCUGGUAGCAAUCUGCAAGCGCAUUCAUUGUCUUGGUCGAGACGUGGUGAGAGACAGCCUGGGUCGACGUUGCACGCCAAAAUAUGGAUGCCGGAAGAUCCACGAAUAUUCCCCAGCACCACCACUAUCAUUGAAAAGGAGGAACUUAGAUAA